UUGUACAUUUUUGGUUCAACCUUCGUGCAGGCAGAAGAAGCAUAGCAAACAUGGCGGCAGCCGCGCAGCAACAGCCGAGAGUGUUGUCAACGAAAGAAGCCGACAUUCAGAUGAUGUUGGCUGCUGAUGUUCAUCUCGGCACCAAAAAUUGUGACUUUCAGAUGGAGCGUUAUGUCUUCAAACGCCGAAAUGAUGGAAUUUUCAUCAUUAACAUCAUGAAGACAUGGGAAAAGCUUCAGCUUGCUGCACGUGUCAUUGUUGCUAUUGAGAACCCUAAGGACAUUAUUGUACAAUCUGCUAGAACAUAUGGUCAGAGGGCUGUCUUGAAGUUUGCUCAGUACACUGGAGCCCAAGCUAUUGCUGGACGUCACACUCCUGGAACUUUCACCAACCAGAUGCAAACCUCAUUCAGUGAACCCCGCCUUCUCAUCCUCACUGAUCCAAGAACUGAUCACCAGCCCAUCAAGGAAGCAGCCCUUGGGAACAUUCCCACUAUUGCUUUUUGUGACACUGAUUCACCUAUGCGCUAUGUUGAUAUUGGAAUCCCUGCAAACAAUAAGGGAAAACACAGCAUUGGUGUUCUGUUCUGGCUCUUGGCAAGGAUGGUGCAGCAGAUGCGUGGCGCUAUUGCUCCAGGCCACAAGUGGGAUAUCAUGGUGGAUCUCUUCUUCUACAGGGAGCCAGAGGAGUCUAAGGAACAAGAGGCAGC